AUGGCCCGGGCCCGCGGCCAGGCCCCGGGGAGCGGCGGGCGGCGGCGGCCGCGGCGGGGCGCCGCGGGAACCGGGCCCAGGGGGGAGUCGGCCGGGCUGCUGCUACUGCUGCUCCAGGUGCUGCCGCCCGCGGCUGCGGCAGGGCCGGGCCGCCGGAGCACGCGGGGCGCCGGCGGCGGAGGCGUCUGCUGGCCCGGCGCUGCCCCUGCCUUUCCUCGGGACGCGCGGCUGCUGCUGCUCCUGCCGCCGCUACCGCCGCAGUCGCCGCCGAGCUCCGCGCCCGCAGCCUCCUCCUCCUGGAUGGACGCUCUGCCCCGCGGCGGGCUGAACCUGAAGGAGGAGCCGCUGCUGCCCGCCGGCCUGGGCUCGGUGCGCUCCUGGAUGCAGGGCGCGGGCAUCCUGGACGCCAGCACCGCGGCGCAGAGUGGCGUGGGCCUGGCACGAGCACAUUUUGAGAAGCAGCCCCCCUCCAACCUCAGGAAAUCCAACUUCUUCCACUUCGUGCUGGCCAUGUAUGACCGGCAGGGGCAGCCGGUGGAGGUGGAGCGUACAGCUUUCAUCGACUUUGUGGAGAAGGACCGAGAGCCCGGGGGUGAAAAGACAAACAACGGGAUCCAUUAUCGCCUCCAGCUGGUAUAUAAUAACGGACUUCGGACAGAACAGGACCUCUAUGUGCGUCUCAUCGACUCCAUGUCCAAGCAGGCCAUCAUCUACGAGGGGCAGGACAAGAACCCCGAAAUGUGCCGUGUGCUACUCACCCAUGAGAUCAUGUGCAGCCGGUGCUGUGACCGGAAGAGCUGUGGUAACCGGAAUGAGACACCCUCAGACCCCGUCAUAAUUGACAGGUUCUUCCUCAAGUUCUUCCUCAAAUGCAACCAGAACUGCCUAAAGAAUGCGGGGAAUCCCCGAGACAUGCGCCGCUUCCAGGUGGUGGUAUCCACAACAGUGAGCGUGGAUGGACACGUGCUGGCCGUGUCCGACAACAUGUUUGUGCACAACAACUCCAAGCAUGGCCGCAGGGCGCGCCGCCUGGACCCCUCCGAAGCUGCCACCCCCUGCAUCAAGGCCAUCAGUCCUGGGGAGGGCUGGACCACGGGCGGCGCCACCGUCAUUGUCAUCGGCGACAACUUCUUCGACGGGUUGCAGGUCGUGUUUGGGAACGUGCUCGUGUGGAGUGAGCUCAUCACGCCCCACGCCAUACGGGUGCAGACGCCCCCACGGCACAUCCCUGGGGUGGUGGAGGUGACCCUGUCCUACAAGUCCAAGCAGUUUUGCAAGGGAGCCCCCGGCCGCUUUGUCUACACAGCCCUGAAUGAGCCCACCAUUGACUACGGAUUCCAGAGGCUACAGAAAGUCAUUCCCAGACACCCCGGAGACCCCGAGAGGCUGCCCAAGGAAGUGCUGCUGAAGCGGGCGGCCGACUUGGCGGAGGCCCUGUACGGAGUGCCCGGCGGCAACCAGGUAUGGCGCCUCCGCCCGCCUCCCCGCGCCGGGCCAGGGGCUGCCCGCUUCCCGGAGCCCGCGGCUGCCCCGGCCGUGCCCGCUCUUGUUUUCGCAGGAGCUCCUCCUGAAGCGCGCAGCAGACGUGGCCGAGGCUCUGUACAGCGCCCCCCGCGCGCCCGCGCCGCUCGGACCCCUGGCCCCCAGCCACCCGCACUCCGCCGUCGUGGGCAUCAACGCCUUCAGCAGCCCGCUGGCCAUUGCCGUCGGGGACGCCACGCCAGGGCCGGAGCCGGGCUACGCGCGCAGCUGCGGCAGUGCGUCCCCCCGUGGGUUCGCGCCCAGCCCGGGCUCGCAGCAGAGUGGUUACGGCGGCGGCCUCGGAGCUGGCCUCGGCGGCUACGGGGCGCCGAGCGUGGCCGGCCUCGGUGUGCCCGCGUCCCCCAGCUUCCUCAAUGGCUCCACGGCCACAUCGCCCUUCGCCACCCCCCGCUGGCCGCUGCCUCCUCCAUGGCCCUCCCAGCGGCUGCCCCCACCACCAGCGUCUUCUCCUUCUCACCUGUCAACAUGAUCUCCGCUGUCAAACAGAGGAGUGCUUUCGCUCCCGUGCUGCGCCCACCCAGCUCCCCACCCCAGGCCUGCCCCAGAGCCCACGGAGAGGGGCUUCCAGACCAGCCUUUUGAAGAUUCUGACAAGUUCCACUCUCCAGCUCGGGGGCUUCAGGGCCUGGCGUACUCCUAAUUAUGGUCUACAGGUGUUGUCCCCACUGAGCCCGGACUAGGGGUCCCUCCAGGAUUCACACCCAUGCCCUGGAUGGCAGCACAGACAGAUGCAGGGCCAGGGCUGCAGGCAGACUUCAACCCACAGGCCUGAACAGGGAGAGGCCUUCCUCCCUGUGCUCAAGGGCCCCUCAGUCCCACAGGCUUCUCUCACCUCCCUUGAGGCUGGUUGGAAGCCCCAGCACUGUGCUGAUGCUCUUGUUAGGAGAGCAUCCCGUGGAGGUGCUGGAUGCCUGACUUCAAUUGCUGGGUCGGUUCCUCUGGAAGAGAUGGACCUUGUGCAGACCAAGGGCAUCUGGUGACAGGAGCAUGGGAUGGGGAGUGUGAUGAGCUCAGGGAGAGGUGGCCUGGGAAGGUCCUGUUUGAGUCUGACCCAUCUCAACCAUCCCAGCAUCCCAACUACUCUCCAGGACGAGGGGUGGUGCCCAGCAGCCUCAAGAGGCCUGCCUAGGCUCCCAUGGAGCUUCUGACAGCCACUUGAUUCUGUGGCUGCCCCACUCCCUUUGAGUCCUGAGCAUUCAUGCUUGCCACAUCAUGAAUCCCAGUGGGGGCUUUGGGCAUGAAGGGUGCAGAAGAGGAAGUGCCAGGCCCCCUGGUUGUGGAUCUUGCCCUCAGUGGAUGUCUCAUGGACUCUGGCCCCACACACAGAUGACUCUGGCUGGCCCCAUAGAACCAUGGAACGGGUCCAGCUGCCCCUGGGCUCAUACUCUGCUCUGCUGAGGUUGGAGAAAACAAUAAACACAAGUGCAGGUGGCC